AUGAAUCAGAUGGGUUUUGUUGGUGGAAGUGGUGUGAUGAUGGAGAUAAAUGACGAUAAAGACAACGUCGAUGAUGCUAAUGAUGAUAACGACGACGAUAAUGUGAUGAUCUCUGUCAAUAAUUAUUCGAUCAACAAAACAAAUACGAUACCGACGGUAAGUGUAUCCAAGUACAUUAACAAGAGAGGCCAGAAGAGACGUGAAAGAGGACCGAUUAAGGAUUAUACUGUUGUAUACAGUGAUUUUGUUGUCAUCGAUAUGGAGAAAUCAGAUUUCAGACAGUUGUUGAUAACCAUAUCCGAUUGGUAUGAUGAACGGGAUUCCAUCAGAAUGCUGAAAGUUUUAUACAGGGUCAUUCUGGAAGAUACUCAAAGGCUUCAGGAGGCUAGUAAAAUGAUGGAAUUACUGGAAUGGUUGAUUGGAACUUGGAAACUGAGUUCAACCAAUCUCUAUGAAACUAUAAAUGUAACCAAUCAAUUUGCGUUGUGGAAUGAAAUCAAAGAUCGAUUUCCACCAUACCCAUCCGAAAAUGUUUUUCCAAACUUUAGUUUAUACAGACGAAAUAUCAUAAAGUUUGGAUUGGCACUAACUGAGGGUCAUAUAGCAAAGAUCAAGGGACUGGACUACAGAACAUCAUUUAAGAAAUAUCCAGACAGUUGGAGUUUGAUUAUGGAUCUAGAACAAAAGAGGAUAAUUUGCGAAAAUAACAUCAACAUAGUUAUUAAGAAGUUAGAAUGCAAUGGACUAUAUACUGUACCGUUUGCUCUAGGUGGUGGUAUGUUCAUUAUUGAAUAUUAUUGUAAUAACAAGUAAUGGGAUAGAUAAA